CUCUCCCCCAUCUCUUGUGGAGGUUUCACAAAACACCACCAAAGCCACCUUCUUCUUCUUCUUCUUCUUCUUGUUCUGUCAAUCAUCGAAUCUCUUGAGAGAUGCUUACCAAAAGAUCCCAUCCGAUGAUCGGAAAAUUGUCGGAGCUUCUCGUCUCGGUUAACCGAUCGAACCCUUUUUCCGACGCCUUGAUGAUGACGACGACGAGCCCUAAAAGCCCGCUCGAUUUCAAGAUUUUCCCUCAGAUUUCUCCCAGAAACGGCGCGAAGAGAUUCUAUGACAGUCAUAUUGGCGGGGUUGGCCUUGGAAUCGUGGCAGCGCUCGAGAACUCGACCGCUCGGAUGAGUGUUUGCCGGGUCGGGAAAUAUCCGGUUCCCAAACCGGGGCCUAACCGGUCCGGUUCCAACCCGGUUCCCAUCGCGAUGAACAACCGGAGAUCUGUGGAUGACGACAACGAUGAUGAGGAGGAGGAGAGAUUCAUGGACGAGGACUACACGUACGUGACAUGUCAUCACGGGCCCGAUGGAUCUUGUACUAGGGUUUACAGAGAUGGGAUUGAGUGCUACGCAAGAAAGAACCCCGAGACCGAGAGAUCUCUGGUUUUUGGUGACUGUUUUGACGACCCGCCGGAAAAUUCGCCGGAAACUUCGCCGGAGUUCGAGGGUUUGGAUUUCCUCAACGCAUGUUUGUUGUGCCGGAAGAAACUUCACGGCAUAGACAUAUACAUCUACAAAGGAGACAAAGCAUUUUGUAGUGCGGAGUGCAGAUCGAUUCAUAUAACGAGCGAUGAACGAAGAGAGACAUGUAGAUCGGACUUUUCGAUAUCUCCGUACACCGCCGGCGAAUUUCUCUCCGGUGGAGUCCUCGCAAUCUAAUCCCACGUGUCCACUUUCCGACAAUCAUAUAUAUAUAUAUAUAUAUAUAUAUAUAUAGGUAUAUUAAUUAUAAUAAAU